AUGGCGACACCAGAGGCUUCGCCGGUGGUUGGGAGCGAGCUCCCUCCGAUCAAUCAUUACGGUGCUGGCAUCGUGGCUCUCUCGGUGGUGAUGCCGCUGAUUGCCACUGGAUGGUUGGUGCUGAGAGUGUGGACUCGCCGGUUGAGAGGGAUUUCGCCUUUCCUCGUGGAAGAUAUCUUUUGCUAUCUUGGCCUUUUUUUCUUCUGGGCAAUGGGUAUCAACGGCAUUCUAAUGGUCGUUUACGGUGGUCUCGGAAACCAUCUUCGCCAGCUCCAGCCGAUUCAGAUCCUCCGAUAUUCUCAAAUUCUUUUCGCCAACCAGGUCCUAUAUGCCUCUGCCCUGGGUUUUACCAAAACCAGUCUCGCGCUCAUGCUGAAGCGCAUCUUCUUUACCCAGUCGUAUAGCUGGGUCGCAUACUGCGUCAUCGCGCUCAAUGCUUCCUGGGUGAUCCAGACCAUUCUGACGGGUAUCUUGAUCUGUCAGCCUGUUACUAUGAACUGGGAUCCGACCGCGCGAGGCCAUUGCGGUAACCAGACGCUCGCAUUUGCGGCAGUCAGCAUUGUCGACAUCAUCACCGAUCUCGCAAUUAUGAUAUUGCCGCUUCAGAUGGUGUCAAAGCUACACAUGAAGAGGACGUAUAAAGUCGCUCUGAUGGGUGUAUUUGGUUUGGGUUUCGUGACAAUCAUCUUCACAGCCGUCCGCCUUUACCUUGUGUUCAACGUCGACUUCCUAGACAUCACAUACUCGGCGAUACCUACAACAAUCCUCGGCAUUCUGCAACUGGGAGUUGCGAACAUUGUAAUUUCUGCGCCGCUUCUGCGUCCAGUACUGGACAGAACUCUGGGCAAAUGGUUCUCCCUCUCUGUCGUCAAUGGCUCGCGCGGAACGCCUGCGGCUGGCUCUCACCCAAGCGGUAUAUUAAAACCGGGCAACUCUGCAAAUCUGGGUUUGCACAACAGCAUCCACGGUCGUCCAAGGGCGCCAGGGAGUAAGAACUUCCAACGAAUCACGGAGAGCGAAGAAAAUUUGAGAUGGGAGAUGGAUGUGAUGCAUUCUGACAAGGGGAGGACCACAUACGCGGCGUGGCCAGAGGGGAGCCCAGAGAGCGUAUUGGAAAUGGGAACGACGCCGCCAGCAGGUAAAAUCUUGAAGAUCCAGUCCACGGAAGUGACACAUGAAUAG